AUGGAGAAGCCAAACUGCAGCAGCCCAAGGUCUAUUGGGAGCAGUGAGGUGCUGAACCCCAUAGCCCAUGAGGUGGUUCUUAGUGACACCAGAUGUGAGCUCAAGAUAGCUACUGGACCAGGGAGUUACCAUGGGGGUGGUGGUGACGUGGGAUCCACCUAUGUGGGCACCCUCAGGCCUGGGACCCCAGGCCCUGGAGGAAGCAGCACCACAGCCCUAAGGAAGGCCACUUACAUCUUUGCAGAUAGACAGGGUUAUUCUUCACUUUCUGAUGCUGUUCUUGGCAAUGCUGGUGCUGAUCAUGCUUCUUUGAAAGUCUGGCCUUCUACUGGUCAUUCUAGUCCUUCACUCUGCCAUAGCUAUAGGGAGCAGUUUGGCAGAUGGGAGGAUUUGGAGGCACAUCAUCUGUCCAAGCAUGCAGUUAGUGAACUACUGGAAGGAAACUCUUCUAGGAAGAUAGGAGAAAUUAUAUGCAAAGCAAGUUGGUCAAAGUCUGAGAGCAGUUGUGGACGGCUACAACGAGUCCUUAAGGUAUACAUGGUUCUUCAAACCUUUGCACAUCAGAUAAGUGCAGCAUUUGCCACAUUCUAA